CAGCCAAGAAGACACCUGUUUUACAGUCAAACUUCACUAUGUCUUCAGAUUUUGAAGCCUAUGAACAGGACUUUGGAACCCUGACAGCAGAAAUAACCAACAAAAUUGGAAGGAUUCCCAAAUUAGGUGGAGAGGAGAAGACACAGCUGGUUCUAAAUGUCGACAAACAGCUCGAAGAAGUCAGAGAGUUGAUGGAGCAGAUGGAUCUGGAGGUGCGUGAGCUCCCCAUCCAGAGCAGAGGCAUGUACCAGAGCAGACUGAAGAGCUACAAGGGGGAGAUGGACAAGCUGGAGAAAGACUUCAAAAGGUCACGUAUCGCCUACAGUGAUGAGGUGCGGAACGAGCUCCUGGGGGAAGACGCUGGCUCCUCUGAGAGUCAGUUGAUCAAGUUACGUGAAGAGAGAGCACAUCUGUUGGACAACACAGAGAAGCUGGAAAGGUCAUCUCGGAGGCUGGACGCAGGCUACCAGAUAGCAGUGGAAACCGAACAAGUUGGCCAAGAGAUCCUGGCUAACCUACACACCGACCGCGAGAAGAUCCAGAGAUCCAGAGAUCGGCUGAGAGAGACAGACGCCAACCUGGGCAAGAGCUCCCGCAUCCUAACCGGCAUGCUGAGAAGGUAAGAGGCAGAAUCAUCCAGAACAGAGUCCUGGUCUUCGUCCUCGGCGCCAUCAUCCUCAUCACCAUCAUCCUGGCUAUCUAUUUCAAUGUGCGAGGGCACUGAUCUCCCUAAUUCUCUCUCUCUCUCACACACACACACACACACACACACACACACACACACACACACACCAGGCAUGAUUAAUAGCGACAAAAGCAUUGCUCUGGAGUAAUUAGGACAAAUGGUUCCAAUGAAUCACUCACUUUCCAGGCCAUGACAGGGUCUCUCUCUCUCUCUCUCUCUCUCUCUCUCUCUCUCUCUCUCUCUCUCUCUCUCUCUCUCUCUCUCUCUCUCUCUCUC